AUGGCGAGCGGUCCGUCGUCGCUGUGGCUCGAGCGCUUCUACGCGACGUUUCCGACACUGCGCGAGCAGCAGCUGGAGAUUUGCCGCCUGUACGAAGCGACGCUCGACGCGCAGCAGACGCCGCGCUCGAGUGCGUUCGCACGCGAAGAAGAGCAAAAGCGACACGUCCAUGAGCUGCAACGAGAGCUGCAGGAACAGGACGUGCAGAUGCUCGAAGCGGCUGAGACGAUUGAGAUGCUCAUGAGGGACGUGCAAGUGGCGCGGGAGGUCGCGAGGCGCGCGGAGAAGGCGCAGCGGGAAGCAGAAGCGGAUCAGAUGCUUCGGCACGUGCUCCAAGAGAGUGACGGCGAAGGAAGUGACGCAGUUGCUGGACAGGCAACGGAUCUUGAGACAGAGAGUGCAGUGGACACGGAGCAACGGAGCGCGGGCAGAGAUAAGGAGCUGGAGCACGAAGGAAGAGCGGUCACGGAGGCUCGAGAGAGGCUUUCGACACUGACGUCGUCGCAAGCGGUACAAGAGACUGAGCAGCCGGUUGGGAUUCAUGUGCAGCGCGGGGCCGAGUCAGUGGAGCAACGAACAGCAGGAGAGAUGCAGCAGUACAGAGCGAUGGACGGUGUGCGUCAAGAACUUGUUGCAGUGUUGCAGGCUCAAGUGCAGGCCCUUCGGUUGGACAAGACGAGCUUGGACAGUGCAAUGGUUGUAUGCCAGCGGUCGAUCGACAAGCGCAUUCAAGUGCUGGAGCACGACCGGCAGCAGAUUGAAGCAGAGAACUGCCGCCUUCGUGCGGAGUUAGCUCGUGUGUUGCAAAGCCUGAACUCUUUGGACGUGAAGCUACGUGCACUACAAGCGGAAGACGAUCGAGAGACGGCAACGGUACAGGAAAAGAUAGAAGCACGGCUUGCACGAGCGUGGGCGCAUCAAGACCAGCUUGCUCGUCGCGUGACGAAUGCGGAGCAGAAGAUGGCACUGAUGGCAUCGACGGCCGAAGUGACGGGUAGUAGGCAGCUCGAGGAAGGACAGAGUCAAGUUGUGGACGAGAAGCAGACGCUUCUCGUGCAAUUAGACGAAGAGCGUCGGCAAUCGGAAGGAUUGAGACGUUCGAUGAGCAUACUACAAGAGUCGAUGGAGUCGGCACUGAAGGAGUUACGUGACGUGGAGAUUGAGCUUCGCGCGAUCAACAGUGAUCUCGCUUGUGGUGACGCACAGCACGACACAUUGGCCGGGCUUGCGAAACAGGUGAUUUCGGAUUAUACGAGGUUCAAGCAGAAUGGUGUCUGCGUCGAGGCCUUCGUGGCGUCCAUGCAGGUCGAGCACCUGACGUCUUUGAUGCAUGCGCAUCUCAGUCGCCUUCGUGCACUGCGUAGUCCACAAGAAAUCUACUCUACUUCGACAAGCAUUCGAUACUUGCCGCGCAGUGACAGCGACGAGUCGGCGGACGAUGGAUGGGACACUCUCGACAACCACGAGGCUAUUGCUGGUGUUGACUUGCUUCGCCGUGAAACAGUCCAAGGCGACUGA